AUGACAAAAAAUCCCAAAAACUUUCAUUUUGUCGAAAUUCAUAAUCUACGCCUAACUAUUUCUUCUUUUCUUUAUUUCCAUAACUUCUCUCUUAAUUGUUUGUGGUCUUUAACAAAUCCGAUUUUACCAACCCGUUUUAUGUCAAUUUUUAUCGUCCUUUUUUUUCUCAAAAAUUGCAAAAGUACAUUAAUUUUUCUUUUUAUUUUUGUUGGUUCUUGAUGCGCGUUUAUUUUCUGGUCUUUUUUUUUGUUAGUGUAGGUAGUAUUUUUUCGUUUAU